CCUCUCCCGGGCCUUCUCCCUCACGCCGGCUGCGGGGCGGGCGCGCACGCCGAGUGACGCUCGGAGGAGGAAGCGCAGCCCCCUUCCCCUCCCUGGCUGCCCCUGGCCCAGCGGGAGCCCCCCCAGUGCGCCUGUGCGGAGGCCUACUUGAUUAUGUGUGCCCUCUCCGGGCUCCAGCGUUAGCGGCCGGGUGGAGGUGGGGAGGGAAGAAGACGAGGAGGCGGAGGAGGCGGAGGAGGCGGUGGAGGGGAGGUGGGGGGAGUCAGCAAGGACAUGGCUCCUGACUCCUGUGCGGAACAUGGUCUCUAGCGACCGGCCCGUGUCACUGGAGGACGAGGUCUCCCAUAGUAUGAAGGAGAUGAUUGGAGGCUGUUGCGUUUGCUCAGACGAGAGAGGCUGGGCCGAGAACCCGCUGGUUUAUUGCGACGGGCACGGCUGCAGCGUCGCGGUGCAUCAAGCUUGCUAUGGCAUUGUUCAAGUACCCACUGGACCAUGGUUUUGCAGGAAAUGUGAAUCUCAGGAGAGAGCAGCCAGAGUGAGAUGUGAACUGUGUCCUCAUAAGGAUGGAGCUUUAAAAAGAACAGAUAAUGGGGGUUGGGCUCAUGUGGUUUGUGCCCUGUAUAUUCCAGAGGUACAGUUUGCCAAUGUUUCUACAAUGGAACCAAUCGUUUUACAAUCUGUUCCACAUGAUCGUUACAAUAAGACUUGCUACAUUUGUGAUGAACAAGGAAGAGAAAGCAAAGCAGCCACUGGUGCUUGCAUGACCUGUAAUAAACAUGGAUGUCGACAGGCUUUCCAUGUGACAUGUGCUCAGUUUGCUGGAUUACUUUGUGAAGAAGAAGGUAAUGGUGCAGAUAAUGUCCAAUACUGUGGCUACUGUAAAUACCAUUUUAGUAAGCUGAAAAAGAGCAAACGGGGAUCUAAUAGGUCAUAUGAUCAAAGUUUAAGUGAUUCUUCCUCUCACUCUCAGGAUAAACAUCAUGAGAAAGAGAAAAAAAAAUAUAAAGAAAAGGACAAACACAAACAAAAACACAAGAAGCAACCAGAACCAUCACCUGCAUUGGUUCCUUCUUUGACUGUUACGACAGAGAAAACUUAUACGAGCACUAGCAGCAACUCUAUAUCUGGAUCAUUGAAGCGCUUGGAAGAUACUGCAGCUCGAUUUACAAAUGCAAACUUCCAAGAAGUCUCUGCGCACACAACUAGUGGAAAAGAUGUUUCAGAGGCUAGAGGGUCAGAGGGCAAAGGGAAGAAGUCUUCAGCUCACAGCUCAGGUCAAAGGGGAAGAAAGCCUGGUGGAAGAAACCCAGGAACCACUGUGUCAGCAGCUAGUCCUUUCCAGCAAGGCAGUUUUUCAGGAACUCCAGGCAGUGUAAAAUCAUCUUCGGGAAGUUCAGUACAGUCUCCCCAGGAUUUCUUGAGCUUUACAGACUCAGAUCUGCGUAAUGACAGUUAUACUCACUCCCAACAGUCAUCAUCAACCAAAGAUGUACAUAAAGGAGAGUCUGGAAGCCAGGAAGGGGGGGUAAAUAGUUUUAGUUCCAUAAUGGGUCUCCCUUCGACCUCAGCUGUUAUUUCACAGCCUAAAAGCUUUGAAAAUUCACCUGGAGAUUUGGGUAAUUCCAGCCUUCCAACAGCAGGAUAUAAGCGGGCUCAAACUUCUGGCAUAGAAGAAGAAACUGUAAAGGAAAAGAAAAGAAAAGGAAAUAAACAAAGUAAGCAUGGGCCUGGUAGACCUAAAGGAAACAAAAAUCAAGAGAAUGUUUCUCAUCUCUCAGUUUCUUCUGCUUCACCAACAUCAUCUGUAGCAUCAGCUGCAGGAAGUGUAACAAGCUCUAGUCUUCAGAAAUCUCCUACAUUGCUCAGGAAUGGAAGUUUACAAAGUCUUAGUGUUGGCUCAUCUCCAGUUGGUUCAGAAAUUUCCAUGCAGUAUCGGCAUGAUGGAGCUUGCCCAACAACUACUUUCUCAGAGUUGCUGAAUGCAAUACACAAUGACAGAGAUGACAAUUCUACACUAACAAAGCAGGAACUUAAAUUCAUAGGUAUUUAUAACAGCAAUGAUGUAGCAGUAUCAUUUCCAAAUGUGGUAUCUGGCUCAGGAUCUAGCACUCCUGUCUCCAGUUCUCAUUUACCUCAGCAGUCUUCUGGGCAUUUGCAACAAGUGGGAGCACUCUCCCCAUCAGCAGCAUCAUCUGCAACCCCUGCUGUUGCUACAACUCAGGCAAAUACCCUCUCUGGAUCUUCUCUUAGUCAGGCACCAUCUCAUAUGUAUGGCAGUAGAUUAAAUCCAAGUUCAUCAAUGGCAGCUCUUAUAGUUCAGUCUGAAAACAAUCAAACAGAUCAAGAUCUUGGAGACAAUAGCCGCAGCCUUGUUGGCAGAGGAAGCUCACCCCGAGGAAGUCUCUCACCACGAUCUCCUGUAAGCAGCUUACAGAUUCGCUAUGAUCAACCAGUCAACAGUAGUUUGGAAAAUCUGCCUCCAGUAGCAGCCAGCAUAGAACAGCUUUUGGAGAGGCAGUGGAGUGAAGGACAGCAGUUUUUGUUAGAACAGGGUACUCCUAGUGACAUUUUAGGAAUGCUGAAGUCAUUACACCAACUUCAAGUUGAAAAUCGAAGAUUGGAAGAACAGAUUAAAAACUUGACAGCCAAAAAGGAACGUCUUCAGUUAUUGAAUGCACAGCUCUCAGUGCCUUUUCCAACAAUAACAACAAAUCCUAGUCCAUCUCAUCAAAUCCAUACAUUUUCAGCACAGAAUGCUCCUGCUACUGAUUCCUUGAACAGCAGUAAGAGCCCUCAUCUAGGAAACAGUUUUUUACCUGAUAAUUCUCUUCCUGUAUUAAAUCAGGACUUAACCUCCAGUGGACAAAGCACCAGCAGCUCUUCUGCUCUUUCUACUCCACCUCCUGCUGGGCAGAGUCCAGCUCAGCAGGGCUCGGGCGUUAGUGGAGUUCAGCAGGUCAAUGGUGUGACAGUAGGGGCACUGGCUAGUGGAAUGCAGACUGUAACAUCCACCAUUCCUGCAGUGCCUGGAGUGGGUGGAAUAAUUGGAGCUUUGCCAGGUAACCAACUGGCAAUUAAUGGCAUUGUAGGAGCUUUAAAUGGGGUUAUUCAGACCCCUGUCACAAUAUCCCAGAACCCUACCCCCCUCACCCACACAACUGUACCACCUAAUGCAACACAUCCAAUGCCAGCUACACUGGCUAACAGUGCCUCAGGACUAGGAUUACUUUCUGACCAGCAAAGACAAAUAUUUCUUCACCAACAGCAAUUUCAGCAGUUGUUAAAUUCUCAACAGCUCACACCAGAACAGCAUCAGGCCCUUCUGUAUCAGCUAAUGCAGCAGCAUCACCACCAGCAGCACCACCAGCCUGAACUCCAGCAGCUACAGAUCUCUGGGCCAACACAGAUACCGAUCAACAACCUCCUCGCAGGUACUCAGGCGCCACCACUGCACCCAGCUACCACCAACCCAUUUCUCACCAUCCAUGGCGAUAAUGCAAGUCAGAAAGUAACAAGACUUAGUGAUAAAACUGGGCCUGUCACUCAAGAGAAAAGUUGACACUUGAGAAACCUCUAGAAACGGCCUCUCCUGCUGCUCUAGCACUUCAUCUGGCUGCCAUUGCAGCCUCCUACACCUAUGAAGAAAUGCGACAAGAAAUGAACUGCACAACAAAGGAUUAAUUGCCACAAGGACUUUCUUGUAAGGCUUUGAUUAAUUUUCUUGUUGCUUUGUUGCACUGAAAUGGAAUUCCCGUAUAUCCCCCAUCCCUCAACCCAGAUUUUUUUGAACUUUGAAAAAAAAAUUUAAUAACUAACUUUUGUCAAUGAAAUAAUUUACAUGCAAUGAAUAUUUCAACCUAAGAGGAAUUUAAUAUAGUUGGUGCACAACUAAUUUUGUUAUAAAUUGGA